GGUCCUGAUGUGGGCUGAUCAUUAGCAGACCAAAAACUUUGUCCACCACAAUUAAAUUAGAAUUAAAGAGAGCAGCGAAAAGAUCAGACCAGUAAGGAAGCGUGCUUUCCAGAGGCUGUUCUCUUGAUGCUUCCAUUUAAAACGCAUCCGAGCGUGAGGGACUAUCCGUGCUCUUGUUUCAACCAUGACAUUAGAUUUUUCGUCCUUCUCCAUCAAAGCAAUCCUCAGCGGACGUAACUCUCGGGGAACGCUCGGGACCGGGAGCGCAGAGGAGCAGUGCGGAGCAAAGCGCAACAUCUGCAGCGCGCCAAAUGGCACCAGAGUCCCCGAUCUGUGUCGCCAAGACGCUGAGGAGAGCCGCAUCCUGCCGGGGAGACUUCCUCCUGAACUCAGGCUGCCUUCUGGAAACCUCCGAGCUGAUACCGACAGGGAAGAGACCACGGGAGAGGAAAGUGAGCUCACAGAAGGCUUUACGCGCCAGCAGCCCUGCUCCGUGGACCUGGAGGAGCGGCGCAGUGAAGAGGCGGAGGCAGAAGAGGAGGGAUGUCACCACAGCGAGGUGACGGUCAGCAGUUCAUCCGACGAGCGGCAGUGCCGGCCCGGCACAAAGAAGCGCUCCAGGGCGGCCUUCUCUCACGCACAGGUUUACGAGCUGGAGCGGCGCUUCAACGCGCAGCGGUACCUCUCCGGUCCCGAGCGGGGCGACCUGGCUUCGGCUCUGAGACUCACUGAGACCCAGGUGAAAAUCUGGUUCCAGAACCGGAGAUAUAAAACCAAACGGCGCCAGAUGGCGGCCGAACUGGCGGCUUGCAGCUCACCAAAGAAUGUGGCUGUGAAAGUGCUGAUGAGGGACAAUCUUAACCAGUACCACCAUGUGAAUGGAGUACACAUCCCAGUGACUGUGCCACUGUACCAGGCCCACCAGUACUACCCCUACCUGCAGUACUACAGCCAGCCCUGGAGCAUGAACAGCAUGUCCUGUAGGGGGAUGAUGAUCUGAGGCUUGUUCUUUACUUUGGACUUCAGCAUGCAUCGCUUCAAAUCUAAGACUUCUGACUUUUUAGAAGCUGUGGGCAGCUUUUUGUUCAGUUAAUACAGGGUGCAACACUACGGAGGUUUUUGAUCAAAUAAUAUUGAUUUUCCCCCGAAAUAUAAAUGAUUUCCGAUCAUGAAUAAUGUUUAUGUCUUAAGAUUACGAUGCAUUUAUUAGUCCCAAACACAUGCAAGACAUGCAAAGGCACACUCAUGCAGGUAGGGAAAUGUAACCUCUGCUUUUGACCCAUCUGGUGCAGGACACACAGAGCAGUGAGCGACCAUGUACGGGGCCCAGGGAGCAGAUAGGUACAGGUAGAGUAGGUGCCUUGCUCAGGGGCACUAGACAGGGUAGGGAGACUCCUGGAUUUUUGGACAGAUCAAUCCAGGUUCAUCUUUUGUUGUCUCUCCGUGGAGUCGAACCAGAGACCUUCUCUGCCCAUGGUCCAAGUUUCUGCCACUAGACCACCGCCUCUCCUAUACCUGUAGCCAUGUUCUUUAACAAAAAAAAACAGAUAUUCGUCAAGCGUUCAGGAUUUAUAGAAUGUUUCUCACCAUGGCUUUAAAGUCAGAUAUUCUGAGAGAGAACAAAAGUUUUUAUUAUUGGACAUUAAAAACAAAGGUCGUAUGGCAAACUUUACCCUGCUGUGAACAAGACAAGUAGCACAGCUGUCUUGAGACUGUCAACUAGAUCAUAUCUGCAUGAGGAAAUCUCUGAAUGAUACACCAAGAUUUAAGUGUUUUCAUGAGUUUUAACUUUCAGCUUUCUUUCUGUCUGAUCCUGUGGGGGUGUCAGAAAGGCAAAGACCAGGCUUCAUAGGUCUUUCUGCUACUUAGUGUAGGGCAGCCAGACAUUGCUGGUAUAGCAGAGUUUUGAUCACCUCACACUCAUGGUAGCAUUCCCCCAGAAAUGCUUUAAAUAAAAUACAAAAUAUAAAAGAUUGAACUCCGAGGAGAAGUGGGAAUAAUUAUUAAAUUCUAAAUGAUAUCGUACAGUUAAAAUGCACUUGACCAAAAUCAUGCUUUGAAUUCAGCAGCCCAAUUAAUCCAAAUAGAAAUGAAAUACAGUUGAAAUGCUAUUUCAAUUAUUCAGAAAGUUUAUCAGUAAAUACAGUGAAUCAGAUCACGUUUAAAUCAGCUAUUCUGUAAGUUGCUCUUUCCUUCUCCUCCGUCACUGUCACAGUCCAUUUUAAGAGACCAGACCGAGCAGAAAGGAAUCCUGAAUUUAUACAAACCCAACAGGGGAAAGCAGCCUCUCUGGAAGUGUGAGAAGUAUGACGAGCACGGUGACAUUUUUAGUAGGUAUCCAUGUUAUUUAUGGGACGUCUUUAUUGAUCAUUAGUCUCAAUGCAACACCUGUGAGAACACUCUCUUUACAGGAGGUUUAUGACCAUUCUGGAGAGAACGUCUGUGUGUGAAUUAUUUUCCACACAAUGCUAAAGCAACAGAUUAAGCAGCAACAGGUUGUGCAGAGACAGCAUGAAAAAAUAACUCGCUGUACGCUCUUUCAAAAUGUGUGCGGGUGCAAAGGGACACGUCAUACCAACAGUGGCAUGUGAAGAAAAGCACACAACAGCAAACUGAUUUAGGCAUUUACUGGUUUUAUAAUAAAAAAAGUAACUGGCUCCUCCAAAUGAUAUUUAGAAGCAGAACAUUUGUUAUUGUAAAAAAAAAAAAAGUGUUUUAUGUGUGUCCUGCAUAGGCCUGUGUGCUGCAUGACUCAUAGAGGGCCAAUAGACCGUGGAGAUGUUGCACCAUGAGUCCAGGGCUGCGCAAGACAGCACACAUUAAUCAUCCGUACUGAAAAGACUGCACCCUCAUCCCAAAGUGAUACAAUCAAUAGCGCCACUUGCUGUGAAAAUAAAAACAUGAACGUGACUAGUUCUUUGGAGGAGUUCUUAACUGAUUCCACGUGACAGUCAGGUUGGUUUGACUGAACUUAAAAGACGUUCCGAAUGUGGGCAGGAAUCACAAGACAAAAUACCUAUUGUAUACUUGUGCCACAAGUUAAGCGAUAUCCCUUUGUGUCAUCUUGUACAAGAUGUUUGCAAGUA